CGACACUCAAUUUGCUCUCUCUGUCUCCUGAUCAUCAGUUGGUUGAGACUCGAGAGAAGAAAAAAAGAAAAAGAAAGAAAGAAAAUGGAAGGCUCAGGAGAAAAGAAGAUGAAGAUACUAUGCCUCCAUGGAUUUCGAACGAGUGGGAGUAUUCUGAAGAAGCAAAUUAGCAAAUGGGAUCCUUCUAUCUUUGCUCAUUUUGAUCUGGUGUUCCCGAACGGCAUUUUUCCAGCGGGAGGAAAAUCCGAGGUGGAAGGCGUCUUCCCACCGCCUUAUUUUGAGUGGUUCCAGUUCAACAAGGAGUUCACCGAGUACACAAACUUGGAGGAAUGCAUAACUUUCUUAUGUGAAUACAUAACAAGCAACGGUCCUUUUGCUGGUUUGCUUGGCUUCUCUCAGGGUGCAACCUUGUCAGCCCUUCUGCUAGGCUACCAGGCACAAGGAAAGGUGUUGAAAGAGCAUCCACCCAUGAAGCUGUUCGUAUCAAUAUCAGGGUCAAAGUUCAGAGAGGCAGGCAUAUGUGAGGUUGCAUACAAAGAGAUAAUAAAGGUUAAAUCUGUCCACUUCAUCGGAGCCAAGGAUUGGCUGAAACUUCCUUCCCAGGAGCUUGCUGCCUCUUUUGACAACCCUCUCAUCAUAAACCAUCCCCAAGGCCACACUGUCCCAAGAUUAGAUGAGGUUGCCACGGAGCAGUUGCGCAGUUGGACAGCAGAAAUCAUUGAAUGUGAUCAAAAUUGUGCUGCGAAUAAGAAGCAUGAUAGCCUGCAAAAUGGAGAAGCAAGGGUGGAGAAAGAGGCAGAAAAGAAUGUAAUCAACAGAGACAAGUGUGAAGUUGUGGAGGCAGCCCAAGCCUGAAAGUGCUUCUCUCUCACUCUGCACCAGUUUAGCUCAUAUCUCUAUAUUCCAGAUAAUUGGUUUUAUGUAUGAUAAGUAUGACUUUACUUUGGAAUAGAUUUUUAAAUAAAAAUAUAAUGGGUAAAUGGAUCCUUGAUAUAAUUU